UAUGUAGCCUAUGAGCUUCUGCAGCGGGCUUUCCGUGCUCACAAGUCUCCCCUCGGUAAUAUUCCUGGGCCCAAACUGGUAAAUCUGCUCAGGGGAAGCUUCAUGCAUACCCACGAAUCCGACGCACAUCGACUUAUGGAGCAGUGGAUAGACAAAUAUGGGCACACGUUCAAAUACACGUCAUUUUUUGGCACUAACAAACUCGUCACCACGGAUACCAAAGCCCUUUCUCAUAUUCUGUCGCAUCCAGUUGCGUAUGAGAAAUCCAAGGCCAUACGAUCCAACUUAGGCGAGCUUUUAGGCAAAGGGCUGCUUUUUGUCGAAGGCGCUGAACAUAAACAACAGCGGAAGAUCAUGAGCCCUGCUUUUGGGACAACACAAAUCCAGCAAUUUACUGAAAUAUUUAUGCAGAAGGCGAACGAGCUUCGCAACAUCUGGAUGUCUGAGGUCGCGCGGACCUCUCGUAAGGACGGAAGACUGCAGCUGGACGCGUUUGCUUGGUUGAACAAGGUUACGCUGGACAUUAUCGGUUUAGCAGGCUUCGAUUACGACUUUAGAACUCUCUACGCUGCCGAUGGUAAACCGGACGAAUUGAAUGAGGCUGUCAGGACGAUGUUCUCAUUCAACACAAUCAAGAUCUCUUUCCUACUUCAAUUUCUCUUUCCCUUGGCUCGUAUGAUUCCGACCGAACGUUCGCGCGAGGUGGCCAAAUCUCUACGUGUCAUCCGUCGAGUCGGGACGAAGAUGAUUGCGGACAAGAAGGCGGCAGUACUCCAUAAUGCUUCUGGUAGUGUAGAGAAGAAGGACGUCGAGGGACGAGAUCUUCUGAGCCUCUUAAUCAAGUCCAACAUGGCCACAGACAUCCCAGACAGUGCUCGCAUGAAUGAUGAGGAGAUUUUGUCCCAAGUACCCACAUUCCUUGUCGCAGGGCACGAAACAACCAGCACUGGCGUGGCAUGGGCUCUCUUUGCUCUCGCAGGACAUCCCGCCGCACAGAACACUCUCCGUGCUGAGCUUUUAGAAUACCCCACCGAUCAACCGACAAUGGAGCAGCUCAAUUCUCUUUCAUACCUUGAUGCCGUCGUGCGGGAGGUCAUGCGCAUUCAUGCCCCUGUUGGUAGUACUGAGCGGGUCGCAGUGCAAGAUGAUGUGAUCCCUCUUGACAAUGAGUUCACCGACAGGAAUGGUGUGAAGAGGAAAGAGAUACGCGUCGCUGAAGGGGACAUUAUCACCAUUCCUAUUUUCGCUAUCAAUCGGUCCACCGAAUUAUGGGGCGAGGAUGCCCAUCAGUUCAAACCUGAACGCUGGGUCAAUCUCCCCGAGGCCGUGCGAAAUAUUCCAAGCAUCUGGAGCAACACACUCUCAUUCCUCUCUGGUUCUCAUGCAUGCAUCGGUUACCGGUUCUCUAUCACUGAAAUGAAAGCACUUCUGUUUGCUAUAGUCCGUUUUUUCGAGUUCGAGCUUGCUGUCGAGCCAGAGGACAUCGUUCGAAGAACAAAUGUUGUCGGCCGUCCAUUCAUUGACAGCAAUAUCGAGGCCGGAUCACAGCUACCAUUACUCAUUCGGCCAGUAAAGGGGUAGUAUAUCUGUAUUUGGAGUCCACAUUCAUCUCAAAAUUGUAGCAUAGUAGCCGUCAGGCACAUGAUCUCGCUCGUCAAAGACUGCACCUUCGAUAAUACUAUGAGGAUUUCUCUUGAUC